AUGAUCUAUAAAAUUAUCAACACUUAUUUAGUCACACUUUUCUCGUUUUUAGCUAAUCCAACAAACUUCAAAAUACCACAUUAAGUUUACACUUUAGGAAUAAUUUUAUACUUUAUUUAACCAUAUUCCAAGUUAUUUAUAAAAGAAAGCUAAGUUGAUACUUUCAUGAGCUAUUUAGCAAAAUUUUCAUCAGUAAUUUACUUAUCAAAAAUAUAGUAUUCAACCUUGAUACAAUUUAUAUAAUAAGAAAAUACAAACUCAACAUUUUGGGUACUUUAUACACUAUUACAUCUUCCAAUAACGAUUGCAAUCAUAUUACCAAUACUAUAUUCAUUUUAUUCAAAAUACUUAAGAGAAAAAAAGUAAUUUUAAAAUGAAUUUAAAGUAGCCCUUUAUUUUAAAGUCUGAGUAGUUUCUACAGCGUAUGGCUCAGCUUUUAUUCAUUCACUUUAGCAGAAAUAUACUUAGAAUUUAAUUCAUAACUUAUAGUAAAAAUAAAGAUAAUAUUUAGUUUUCAAAUUCUUAUAUUCAAAAAAUUGUUGGAGUACUAUUUGGUUCUUGUUCUUUUGGAAUUUCAUUGAUAUCCUGUUUAAUUUGUCAAAGCCAUGAAUUUAACGAUAUUAAUAGAUACAAAAGGAAAAUAUCCUUAUUUUAGAUUGCGUAGGUCUUGAAAGCAGUAAUUACAAUGUCUUCAUAUUUUUCAUUAAAUUAAUCUUAAUUAUCAACUGUUAUUUGCAUAAUUAUAUUUAGUUUAAUAUCAAUAUACGACAGUAUAAUUUAGAGGCCUUUUCCAUCGGUAUAUUUAACCAAAUGUUAUUUGGGUACAACUCUAGCCUUUACUAUGGCUUAUGUGAUUUAGAUUUUAUUUACUUAUGAUUUGAUUCGAGAAAAUUGUAGCAUUUAUCUUAUUAUUGGAUUAUGUCCUUUGUCAUAUCAUGUGGGGCUAAGUAUUUAUGAAGAUAAAUUUAUUAAGUUGUUUUAAAAUAGAAAUUUACAAGAUUUCUGGAUUUAUUCAUAAGAAUUAAUUGAAAUGUAUUCUUUAUAAUAACAAAAAUUGAUUAUUUAUAUUUCUAUUCGAAAUCACAUCAAUCAUUGCUAAAUUAUUGGAUGUUAUUGUUAAAAAUAUGGGAAAAAUUUAAAAUUAGAUAGUAACAGCCAAAGUAUAAUAAAUGGAAAUAAUGACAUAACUCUAAAUUAUAGAUGUCUGAGAGAAUUAAACUUAAAAUUUGAUGAUCUUGUUAAAUUAUUGGAUUCAUAAUUUUUAUAGGCUUUAAAUCAUCCAAAAUUAUAAAGAAAAGAUAGAUUGAAUUAUUUGUAUGCUUCAUUCUUAGAGAAAUACUCAGGUAAUAAAUUAAUGAGUUAUUACUUUCUUAAAUUAUUUUGCUAUAAAAACUAAAAAAAAUUAAGUUACUUUUAUAGAAUAGUUUUUCCAACAAUUAUCAAAGUAAUUAAUAUAAUUAUUUAGAAAUUAGAAAUUAAAUUGAUUUAUUUCAAUAAAAUCUAAUAAGAAUAUAAUUAGAAGGAUCCUUUAGUAGAAGAUUUAUCUUUGGAAACUGUGAUACAGCUAGAAAAUUCAUGUACUAAUUAUUAAAAAUCUUUCUUUAAAAUUCUGACUCAAAAGAUUAUUAUUUGGCAAUUAAUUGAGAAGGGAAGUGAGUCAAUUUUAAUUUUUCUCAAAAAUAUUUAAAAACCAAUGAUGGAAAUUGUAAGCUAAAAUAAAAAAAUUUAACAUGAAAUAUCUUUAUUGCAACAAAAUUAUGAAAAUGUUGGUUUCUUAAAAAUACUCCAAUUAAGUUACUUAAUCAUAUCUAAUUCUAUAGGAAGAGUGAAUAUAUUAGAGUAAAAAAUUUAAGAACUAAAAAAUAGAGAUUAAUAUCGAGAAGAAAAUGGUUUGAAUAAUUUUAAUUUGAUGAGGGGAUAAUUUACUUUAAUUAAAACAGGACUUAUUAAGUCUUUUGGGCAUAUAAUUUGUAAAAAUGAAGAGAGAAUAGAAACCUUUUUCAAUUAUAAUCGAGAUGAAUAAAUUAAAAUUACAAAUAUAAAUUAGUUAAUGCCUCCUUUUAUAGGAAGUUAUCACAAUUAAAUUAUUCACUAGUAUAUUUAAAAUGGAUCGACUCAUCUAUUAUUUGACAAUAGAAAAGUUUUUGUUUCAAAUAAAAAUAAAUUUAUAUUUCCAAUAAUUUUAUCUUUAAGAAAUGAUUUUUCAAAUUUUGAUGAUGUCCUUUUUAAUGUUUGUAUGUUAAAAGUUUCAUUUCAGGAUUAAAUUAUGUUUGAUUCACGUGGCUCUAUACUUGGUAUGAGUGAAAAUUUAUUCUCGUUAUUAUCUGAUUCAGAAAAGUACUUUACAUACUCAAAUUUACUUAAAUAUGGAUUAAUUUAGGUUUUAUUUCCAAACUUUUAUAAGCUUUUAGAUGAUAUAGAAUAAAUCUAAAAUAAUUAAUAUCAAGAUAAUGAUGAUACUGCUAUAUUAGAGUUUGAAGAUUUAAAAUCCUCAAUUUAUACAAAUUCAAAUAUAAUAAAUUUGUUUUAAUAAUAUCAAAAUUAUUCUACAGGAAGUCAGUACGAAAAAUAAUUAUCCAAGAUGUCAACUACUAAUAAUAAGUUUGAAGUAUUUGAUAGAAGAGAUAGAGAAUUAAUGAAAGAAUUUGCUAAAGAAUAAAAGGACUAAAAAAAAUUAUCUAAAGGGUUUCAUUUAAGAUUUAAUCUUUAAAAAUUUGAAAAGAAUUUUUAAGGUUUAUCUUAAGAAUUUUUUAAUUAUGUUAUAUCUGAUUAUUAAAAAUAAAACACUUUAACAUAUUUUAUAAUAGAUAUAAAGGAGAUAUCUUAGACUUAAUCUAAAGCUAAUUAAACUGGUUCAACAACAUCUUAAUUUUUAACAAUAAUUCACAAUUAAACAUAAACAGACUAAAAAUUCUCAGCAUCUUAAUUUAAUAAAGAAAUUUAAUACAAUGCUUAAAUGAAUGAAGAUUUUGAUGGUUAGGAAGGAAAAGGAAUAUUGCAGUUUAAUAUCUCACUUAGUUAGCCUAUGUAGCCAGUCUUCUAAGUUGAAUCACCAAGAAUUUUACUAGAGACUCCUAAAGAUACUGAAAGAGGAAUGUUAAGUAAUAAACAUCAAUCUUAAGAUUUUAUGGGAUCGUAAAGAUACUAUUAAAAUAUGUUUGAUAAUGUUAAUGAAAAAUAAUUAAAAUAGAAAGAAUUAAGUGAUCCAAAACAUAUAUCUAAAAAUGGAUUACAAGAUGAUGGAAUUAGAGAAUUUGAAGAUGAUUUAAAUUUUGAAUUAGAAAAUUAAUAGUAGUUGUAGAAGGAUUAAAUUAAGCAAGAUCAACCAACAUUUUAAAAGCAAUAAUAAUAUUAAGUUUAUGUGAACAAAAUAAAACAAAAUAAAUAGAAACGAGUCUUAGAUGAAUAAUAAUCAACAACAAGUGGUAUGUCAAAAGCAGAAAGAGAAAAUUUGGAAAAAAUUUACAUGAAUUCAAAAAUGCCUCAUUAAUUUUAUAACUUAAUAUCUACUUGGAUAUUUAUUAUUUUAAUAUCCUUAAUCUCUGUAGUUUCUUUAUCUAUUCUAAGUGUAAGUAUGUUAUAAAAUGUUAUUACUACUAGUGCUCAUUUAUUAAUUCCAUAUUAGUUUAACAGAGCAUAUAUAAAUAGUGCAUAAUAAGCUAUAUAUUUACAUAGCCAACAAUUCUAAGAAGCUAAUUUUAAUCAUUUUAAUGAUUCAUCUAAGACAAUCUCUGAUUCUGUUAUAGAAACUACUUUUAUUUAUAGGGAACUCUUAACUGAAGAAAUUGAUUAAUACAUAAAAGUUGAAGAAAAAAACAUUCCAAUCAGGGUUUAUACUAAUUAAGAUUCUUAUUAAGAUGAGAAGAUAAGUAUAUAUGAUUUUCUAGUGAGUAAUUAUCAAAUAAUGUCUUCAAUAACUGAAACAAAUUAAUUACUUAAUUUGAUCAGUAGAUUUUAUGAUAUAACAGAAAUCACAGAUGUAAUUAAUGAUUUUCAAAUGUAAGGUAUUGUUAACGACAUUGAUUAAAUGAUGACAGUUUAACAAUAUAUUACAUUUUUGACAAUUGGAAUAUUGGUAUUGCCUUUAUUACCCUAUUUAAUAAAUUAUUAAAAACUAAAUAUUUAUUAAGAAAAGAUUGUCUUAUUAAUUACAAGAGUCAAUAUAUACGAUUAUUAAAAAGAAGUAAAAAACUUAUCAGAAAUAAUUGCAAAUAUUUCCAAAUCAAAUAGCUUAAACUUAAUAACUAAUGAUGUUGUUUCUUAAUAUACUCUUAAUGAUAGACCAAACAAAUCUCUAAAGCCUAAUUCUAAAUAAUAAUAAAUAUUAUAAACUAAAAUUUAUAAUAUGAAAUUAUCAAUGUGGUUUGAGAUUUGCAUUUUAAUGUUCAUAUUUUUUAGUAUGGCUAUUUACUUGGUUGGAGGACUUCUAUUUUCUAAUUAAAUUCCCAACUAAUAUUUGGCUAGAGCAGAAUAGUACGUACAUUUAUCUCAUGAAUAUCAACAUAUAUAACAUUAUAAUUUGCUAAAUGAAAUGAUUGUCAACAACUAUACAAAAGAAGCUUUAGCAGAUAUUAUUGUAAAAUAUGAUGAGGCAAUUUAAAGUUACAAAUUCUUACCAUUACCAUUAGCCAAUGAGGAUGGAACAUUGGAAUUUCUUAAUGAGAUAUACUAUAAAGAUUUAUGCGCCAAAUCAAAUCAUUAUGUAUGCGGACAAGAAUAAUUUCGUAAAAGUUAUUAAAAUGGUUUAAAUGGGGUACUUUAGAAUAUUAAAUUACUGUUUUAUUAAGAAAAUUUCAAAAGAUACACAAGUGAUGAAUAUUGGGCAUUAAUAGUAUUUUUUCCUUCAUUUAUUGAACCAUUUAUUUAUGAAAUCAUAUAGGAGAAGAAUUCCUAUUUAAGCACAUACAUCUAUAAUUUAGAAGUUGGCUGUCUACUUUAUUAUUUAGCAGGAGGAUUGAGUAUGAUACUUUUUAGCCUUAUAUACUUCUAUAAAUAAAGCGAAAGUAAAUUCUUUAAAUUUUAACUUUAGUUCUUCACAAUUAAAUUUAUUUGGUGAGACAUUUACUAAUGUUUAUUCCAUUUGAAAAAUUUAAUGAACAAAUCACAUUAUCUUUAUUAAAAUAAAUUAAGGAAUAUUGA